GUUUUCAACGCAGUUUUGUUGAACACGUGCUAAAUUAGAUUCCGUUUAAAUAACUAGCCCUUAGAGUCUAACACUGACAAAGGCGACAAUCACAUCAACGAAGAAAAAUAGAAAGGGCGAGGGGAAGUGAAGGAGAAGAGAAUCAUCAUGUUAAGCGGUAUUAUUCCUGGGGGGCGACAUUUCAUAACUGCUGUUCUGUUUUAACUUAUUGCCAAUUUAACCUGAGUUGAAGGUGGAAAAAUUGCAUGACGAACAGUACAAAUUCAGAGUACCUUAAGAGAAUUAGAUGUGAGCAACUGAAAAAAAGAAGACAAAAGUUCUGUGCAUUUUGACAUCUUUGUUAAGCUCAUGUCUCUGGAAGGCAAAAGUUGCUACAUUCGCUUGCAGCUUACAAAGUUGCUUUAAAACAGUUCUCGAGUCUUUAAGGACCAAGAGAAUUGCAGACGACUAAAAUUUCACCACAAGGAGACAGUUUUUUGAUGGAUUUGUUACUUACAACUUGACAACAGUGGUUACGCUUUUUAUAACUGCAAUUGAAGAAAACCGUUUGCGGUUACUUUGUUGAAAUUUGCUACAGUACAAAAAUUCCGUCGCCUGAUAUUUUGGAGUGAAAAAAAAAAAACCUGGAUUAAGCAAUUUUUUAUACUGCAAAUAAGCCCAAUGCCACUUUGAAAAUGCUCUACAAAAAGGGAUACGUACUACGCUAUUGAGCCAGGAUUAAGGAAGGACAUUUAUUGGCUACUCUUUUAACUAAUGUACAGAACAAGCUAUAAAAACAGCAGCACCUCCAGAAUUGUUUUCUUUCUUUUUCAGAUGAGGCCCACGAGACGCCAUUACACAUGUGUGUUCAAAGAAACGACAUUAAGUUUACAAAGAUGUUAGUAAAGGCAAAUGCUGAUCUCAACAUACGAGAUAAGAGCGGAAAUAGACCAAUAGACAUCAAGAUUGAAAACGAGGACGUAACCAACAUCUUACAGGCCGCCAUGUUUGAGAAAGACAGACUCAAAAAGACAUUUUAA